AUGAAGUUCUCCAUUUUGUUUGCAGUAGCAGCUUCUGCUUCUCGCCUUUACCCCCGGGCGCUUCUGGACCAGUGCAACACAUCUGAGCCAACUGUAGAGUAUCUUGCCGCAGUCAAAGAACACCAAGAGCAACACGCUGCUACUGGGAAUCAACUGUUUUCUUCUUCUUCUGACGUAACCAAGAUUCCACUAUAUGUGCAUGUGGUGGCAACCUCGGAGAACCAGUCGGACGGCUAUCUAACGAAACACCAAAUCCACCAGCAGGUCGCCAAGAUGAACACUGCAUUUACAGAUGCUCAAUACCACUUUCACCUCAAAGACAUCGACUGGACUGUAAAUGACGACUGGGCCAACUAUCGCGACCAAGAUGCUAUGAAGCAAACUCUUCGCAAGGGCGACUAUGGAACCCUCAAUCUUUACUUCCAAACCUACCUCGGGAAGGAGCAUCGAAAUGGACAAUGUGCCUAUCCUACCAAGACUCAUCAAGGAAGCAAGACAUUUUACCAGGACGGCUGCAGCAUCAAGCAUACCACUGUAGCCGAGGGUUCUACGGCAAUCCAUGAAACUGGUCACUGGUUUGGCCUACGACACACUUUUGAAGGCGGAUGUGACGGCGAUGGUGAUGGCAUCGAUGAUACGCCAGCGUCUCUUCAGACAUUCUAUUGUCCACAAGGUUCUGAUACUUGUCCUGAUCAGCCUGGACUGGACCCGAUUCACAACUACAUGUCAUACAAUGACUGCCGGUCUGAAUUCACCCCUGGACAGGUCUCACGCAUGCACCACCUGUACAAAAAGUUCCGCCAGAUUUAG